UUUCACCUCUUUUUUUUUUCUUUCUUCCUUUUCCCUUUACUCCCAACUAACUCCUCGACCUAUUCGAUUCCCUCUCCUUUGACUUUGUUUAGCUCUCUUCUUGACAAUUCGAAAUGUUGUCCACCUCAUUACUCCCAAAGCACCAUUCCAAAUGGAGUGACCGUCAGCGCGAGGUACUCCAAGGUAUCGUAAAAGACUUUUCACUCUCCACCCCACAGCUCGAGGCUCUGACUGUCCAGUUCGUGGAUCAGAUGCGCGUUGGACUGAGUGAACAACAAUCCAAGGACUUGGCCAUGAUUCCCACCUUUGUCACAGGUCGUCCUGAUGGUAAGGAGCGUGGUAGUUUCCUUGCCCUGGACCUUGGUGGUACCAACCUUCGUGUGUGCUUGAUUUCAUUGAAGGGCGACCACAAGCUCGAGUCGCAUCACAAGGCUUUUAAAGUGUCUGAUCACUUGCAGCAAGCCGAUGUCAAGGAGUUGAUGGACUUUAUCGCAGUCUCAAUUAAUGAAUUCAUCACAAGUGAACACAUCAACGCAAAGAUUUGUGAACAUCCCUCCGAUUCCGAAUCACUGGAGCUUGGCUUCACAUUCUCUUUUCCUGUUGCUCAGACAGCCGUUGAUGCUGGCAAGUUGCUUCGUUGGACCAAGGGCUUUAGCUGUCCCGGUGCAGUAGGAGCUGACAUUGUUCAAUUGCUCCAAGAGGCUCUCGACCGCAAUAAAGUCAAUGUUCAUGUUGCUGCCUUGGUUAAUGACACUGUUGGUACACUCUUGGCUCACUCGUACAUUAAUCCUGGUACCUAUAUUGGUGCAAUUUUCGGAACUGGCACCAACGGUGCAUAUGUUGAAAAGACUCAUAACAUCAAGACUAUGACUAGCGAUGCUAGCGAGAUGAUCAUUAAUAUUGAAUGGGGUAAUUUUGACAAAGAAAAGGCAUUCCUUCCUGUUACUAUCUUCGACAACAAAUUGGACCGUGAAUCGAUCAACCCUGGUGUCCAUGUAUUUGAAAAAAUGAUCUCAGGAAUGUACCUGGGUGAGAUCACACGCAACGUUCUAUUGCACUUGAUUGAUCAACGCGUGCUGUUUGAGGGGACCAGCAGUCCAAAACUGAAUCAGCACUGGGUUUUUGAGACUAAAUUCAUGUCAGCAAUAGAGGAAGACGACUCUGCUAGUUUGAUUCCUACAGCACAGAUUUUGGAACAAGAGCUGGAUAUCAAGAUUAAUACACAGGCUGAUCGUGAGAUCGUGAAGUUUGUUUGCCAGUUAGUAGGCAUACGGGCCGCCAGGUUGAGUGCUAUGGCUACAGCUGCAGUAAUUCGACAGGGUGUGGAGGUGGGAGCCCUUCGCGAAUAUGAAUACCCUUUGCAGUUGAGCAUUUAUGACAAGGGGGAUGUUGAUCUAAAUGGCCAACCGAAGAUCGAAAGCCUCAGUAUCAGCGGCAAUGGUAAUGGCAAUGGUAAUAGUAACCGUGUUGUUGAUCCCAACAAGCAAACUAUUCAUGUCGGCAUUGAUGGAUCGGUCUUUGAGCACUACCCCCACUUUAAGGAGCGCAUGGAGCAAUGCCUUGUAGAGCUUCUAGGACCGCAUGUUAUGGACAUUGUUAAGCUUGGAAUUGCAAGGGAUGGCUCAGGUGUUGGUGCAGCAUUGGCGGCACUGAUUGCUACCAAAGCAGCAAAUGACUCUCGUUGAACCUUUUACUUCUGAACAACUGUAAGGCGUAAAGUGAGGUGGGAACAGGAUCAAACAUAGUAUAUAUACUUAUAUAUUUAACAACUAGGGUUGGAUACAACGUUCUACAAUCGUGUAAAAUAACAAUAAAAAAAAAUUGUAUGCCAC